GACGACUUCAUUAAGAGCUGUCAAAAACUAUUCCUAUAUUGCAACACAGAGUGUCACAAAUUAACUAUAAGCUAUAAUGAUUGUUUAAUGUCUGAUAUUUUCCUGUGAUUAACAUGACGGCACGCUCGAUUUUACAAGUUUUUGAUCAGUAUCAAAAGGCGCGAUUGCUCUUCGUACAAUCUGUAGCAGAUUUAUCCUCAAAACCUAAUAAUAUCGAUUGCUUAGAAGCGGCAGGUGUGAUAGAUCUAUUGCGUCCUUUAUUAUCGGAUGAUGUACCAUCUAUUCAACAUAUGGCAGCAUUUGCUUUUGGCAAGUUAGCGAAUCAUAAUUCCAGACUAGCACACGCUAUUGUUAGAAGAGAUAUAUUGUCACAAUUGCUGAAGAACAUAGACAAACAAAAUAAAUUUUACAAGAAAGCAGCACUAUUUGUGUUGCGGGCGAUAGCAAAACAUUCGCCAGAGUUGGCCUUAAUAGUAGUGGACAAUGAUGGUUUGCAGACUAUAGUUGAAUGUUUGGAAGAUUUUGAUCCCCAAGUGAAGGAAGCGGCUGCUUGGGCAUUAGGAUAUAUCGCAAGGCACAACAAGAGUCUAGCUCAAACAGCAGUAGAUGCUGGCGCAGUGUCACUUCUCGUAUUGUGUUUACAAGAACCCGAAUUAUACAUUAAACAAAUCAGCGCAUCAGCUAUUAGCGACAUAAGUAAACACAGUACUGAACUCGCACAAGCGGUAGUGGAUACAGGUGCAAUCGCCUUUCUCGCGAAAACCUUGACUAAUCCUGAUGCCAAAGCAAAGCGUCAGGCAUUAUUAGCAUUGAGCAAUAUAGCCAAACAUUCUGUGGAAUUAGCGGAGGCUGUGAUCGAGGCAGAAAUCUUUCCUGAUGUUUUAGUGCACAUGGCACAUCCGGAUGAGAAUGUCGGUAAAGUUGCCGCAAUUUUAACCAGAGAAAUUUGCAAGCACACAUUGGAAUUGGCACAACUUACAGCAAACAUUGGAGGUAUCGCUGCACUUAUCGAAUUAAUUAACAUCUCCAAAUCGACGACUAGACUACCUGCGAUCAUGGCACUUGGUUACAUCGCUGGUCAUUCUGAUCAGUUGGCUGUAGCUGUAAUAGGAUCCAAAGGUAUCGUACAAUUAGCGAUUGUCUUGCAAGAAGAAACAGAAGAUCAUAUUCUUGCGGUGACCGUAUGGGCGAUUGGACAAAUCGGCAAGCAUACAGCCGAACAUGCAAAAGCAGUUGCAGCCGCCGAUAUACUGUCCAAGUUACUGAAGCUGUAUAGCGACCCGAAAAGUUCCGAAGAUCUCAAGGCAAAAAGUAACACAGCAUUGAAGCAGAUUCUGCAAAAAUGCAUGUACAUCGAAGCUCUUGAAUCCUUAUUACAUGACGUACCUCUUAAUAUCUUGAAAUAUGUAUUAGGACAAUUCAGCAAGAUUUUGCCACAUGAUGCGAAAGCAAGAAGGCUAUUUGUAACAUCUGGUGGCUUGAAAAAAAUACAAGAGAUUCAAGCUGAACCUGGCACCACACUCUCAGAAUACAUAACAAUUAUCAAUUGCUGUUUCCCAGAGGAAAUUGUCAGAUACUAUUCGCCUGGUUAUCCGGAUAGCCUUUUGGAAGCUGUGGAGCAGUACCAGCCGAAAUGUCUUUUUACAUUUGAUCAUAGAUCAUCGUCCGAACAUACGGAUUCUAAUCUGUCUAUGUCACUUUAUAACGAUGAGGGUUGAUUCUAAAUUAUUAUUGAUGCCUUCAUCAAUGUCUUCAGUUUGCAUAGCGAAAUGUAUUCAUUAAUGUAUGCAUCAUAAUUAUAAAAAUUUGUCUCUUUUCUCAUAAUAUAACUUUAAUAAAAAUUUUAAAUAUAUAUGCGUUUUCAUUUGUUAUAAAUCUAUAGAUGUUAAAAGUGCACUCUUUACUUGUCUUGGACAAGUCGAUCUUGAAUCGAUUAAGAAAGACAAAGAAAUUUCUGUUGCCUGUUUUUUCAUUCAAGGCAGGUGAAAUUGAUCGGACGUUAGAAAUUUUUCGAAGCGUUUUAUUCAUAUACUUUUCGUUUUAUUCAUUACAUUAUUAUUGUAUGAUCUACCCCUUGAAUAUCGAUCAUAUAAUAUUUUUUUCAUAGAACGGAAACGUGAAAAGUGAAUAAUUAAAUUGUCAUUAAUUUUAAUGACAAAUUUUUCACUUUUUA